GCGGAGCUGGCCCUGCAGGGCCCCGGGGGGGGAGGGGGAGCCGUCAAGCCCCCGCUGAGGCCGCCGCUGCUGGGCCUCCCCUCCCCCCCGGGCUGGCGCCAUGCGGGGGGGCCCGGGCGAGGCCGAGCGGCGUCAGCGCUGGGGUCGCCUCUUCGAAGAGCUGGACAGUAACAAGGAUGGUCGCGUGGACAUCCGCGAGUUGCGCCAGGGACUGGCCCGGCUGGGCGGGGGCGAUCCGGACCGCGGCGCCCAACAGGGCAUCGCCCCUGAGGGUGGCACUGACCCAGAUGGCGGCCUUGACCUGGAGGAGUUUAUCCUCUACCUGCAGGAGCGGGAACAGCGCCUUCUACUUCUGUUCCACAGUCUGGACCGGAAUCAAGAUGGUCAGAUUGAUGUCUCUGAGAUCCAACAGAGUUUCCGAGCCCUGGGCAUUUCCAUCUCGCUGGAACAGGCAGAGAAAAUCCUGCACAGCAUGGACCGUGAUGGCACCAUGACCAUUGACUGGCAGGAGUGGCGUGACCACUUCCUGUUGCAUUCGCUGGAGAACGUGGAAGAUGUGCUGUAUUUCUGGAAGCAUUCCACGGUCCUGGAUAUUGGCGAGUGCCUCACUGUCCCAGAUGAGUUCUCAGAGCAGGAGAAACUGACUGGCAUGUGGUGGAAGCAGCUGGUGGCGGGCGCAGUGGCGGGGGCCGUGUCCCGGACAGGCACAGCCCCUCUGGACCGCCUCAAGGUCUUCAUGCAGGUCCACGCCUCCAAGACCAACCGGCUGAACAUCCUGGGGGGCCUCUGGAGCAUGAUCCAAGAGGGGGGCGUGCGCUCCCUGUGGCGUGGCAACGGGAUUAAUGUGCUCAAGAUUGCACCUGAGUCGGCAAUCAAGUUCAUGGCCUAUGAGCAGAUCAAGCGGGCCAUCCGGGGGCAACAGGAGACCCUGCAUGUGCAGGAGCGCUUUGUGGCUGGCUCCCUGGCUGGCGCCACAGCCCAGACCAUCAUCUACCCCAUGGAGGUGCUGAAGACACGGCUGACCCUUCGCCGGACGGGCCAGUACAAGGGGCUGCUGGACUGUGCGUGGCAGAUCCUGGAGAGAGAAGGGCCCCGUGCCUUCUACCGUGGCUACCUGCCCAACGUUCUGGGUAUCAUCCCCUAUGCGGGCAUCGACCUGGCCGUCUAUGAGACCCUGAAGAACCAGUGGCUCCAGCAGUAUAGCCACGACUCAGCUGACCCGGGCAUCCUCGUCCUCCUGGCCUGUGGCACCAUCUCCAGCACGUGCGGCCAGAUAGCCAGCUACCCACUGGCCCUGGUCCGGACCCGCAUGCAGGCCCAAGCCUCCAUUGAGGGAGCCCCCCAGCUCUCCAUGCUGGGUCUCCUCCGUCACAUCUUAUCCCAGGAGGGCGUGCGGGGCCUCUACCGGGGCAUUGCCCCCAACUUCAUGAAGGUUAUCCCUGCUGUGAGCAUCUCCUAUGUGGUCUACGAGAACAUGAAGCAGGCCCUGGGGGUCACGUCCAGGGUCCCAGAUCCUGCUGCUUCAGCUCCCCAAUUCCCACAUUUCAAGCAUCAUUCCCUCAACACCCCCAACCAUGGACUCCAGAUUCCCAAGCCCUCAUCUUCCAGAUCCUCACUCCUCAAACCACAUUCUCGAGAACCCGAUGGCAGAGGAGCAGUUCCAGGCGACUACAACUGUAGGACCCCAGAUCUCUGGACUGCAGGCACUGGACAUUGAAACUUCACCCAUAAGAGGUGGACCCUGCCACCUCUAGGCACUGGGUGCCAACCCCUUAACACCUGAUCUCUGACCUGAACCCUCCCAGGCACUGGACCUUGAAAACCCAGAGCCCCCAGCUAGCUCCCACUAGGCCAGUCAGCACCCUGGAUCCCACACACCCCUGUUCCAGACACAUACCAGAGACCUUCCCCCAUGGCAGAAACCCCACAGUCUAUGGAGCCUGCAGGAAGCCCAGGUCCCAGGCUCCCAGCUUGAAAACCUACAGGAUGUGCCCACAGUCCUGACACAGCUGACGCUGGCAAGGGGAGGAGACAUCCCUCCCAGGCCCUGCAGAGACGCUGGACCCCCAGCUCCCUAGCAUGGACAUGCCCCUAGGCCUGGGGAAGGGCCGAGGUGGGGGGAAGGGCGUGCUCAAAUGCUCCUCCAGCACUCUGUUGGUCUCACAUCCUCUUCCCACCUAUAGGCUGAUCACAAUCCCCAGAGCCUGGCUCCCUCUCUCUUAGGGCCAGCAAGCAGGCAAUCUGAAGCUGGGAACACAUGAAGGGGACCCCACACGCACACACAUCCCAGCACUGCCAGCCCCUCCCCAGGCUUCAGAGUUGGAAACCAAGGAUGCAAAACAAAGCCCCAACCCCCUAAGCCCCCAAAUUCACUCCAGGUCUAUUUUUCUACCAGAGAGGAGUUGACAACCCAUCCCCCCUACUUACCCCAGCCCCCCACCCUGUACAUUCUGCACUUUAUAUUUGGAUGCUGAGCUUAGUAUCAUUGGGGAACCCCUCUCCAUUCCUUCCAAGUCCUUGGGGAACCCCAUUCAAGGACUGUGAAAGAGGAACUGGGAUGUUUGGGAGAUGGGAGGACCCACUCCCCUAAUGCUUCCACCUCCUCCACCUACAUUGCGCCCCACCUCCCUGCCUGUGCCCUGCCUGUGUGUGUUAUUUCAAAAGAAAAGAACAAAGGAAUACAUUUUCUA